UUUCUAAGAGGUCUCAGUAGGUGGAGGUGUUGUGUUCAUAUCACAAUGUUAUCUUCAUAAUCCGCGGUGAUCGCUAUAAAAAGAGAUUAUUAUUGAAAGUAAUUUAUAUUAUAAACAUUAAAUGUCCUUUCAGUGGUCGUUGAUAAUUCGCCAAUAUGGCAGUUUACAUGACAAGUUGAUUUCGAUUAUUGCCGCUAAUUUAUAUACGCACUAAACCUGAGUCACAAUGCGAUUGUCGUUACAAUAAUUAUCAAGUUGUGUAAAUUAAUUUCGAAUUAAAUUUGUUAUUUAUUUUGUGUGGUUUACUGUGGAAAUUUCUUCUAUGACAAUUUUCUAAUUUUUUCAAAAACGUAAUACAUACUAUAAUUUUGGGUAGCGAGAAUAAGAACCUAUAAAUACUUGGUUAAGUACUAAACCUAAACAAAUAAGAAACUCACAAUGACGGAGGUUGGAAAACGUCAGAUCUUGCUGGACGGGUUCCUGAUGUGCUGGGGCAUGGGCACGUGGCUCGGCGUCAACGGUAUCUUCGUGCAGCUACCGCUGCUAGUGGAGCAGCUACCUGAGGGCUGGGCGUUGCCCACUUCCAUGGUGCUCUUCGUGCAGUUCGCCAACUUGGGCCCGAUUACUUACGGGCUGCUACGGCGGUUCCUGCCGAAUGGAUCUGAUCGGUACUACAUAUUCGUACUGCUGACCACGGGCAUGCUGGCGCUCACACUGAACGCAUUCCUGUACGACCGGACGGCUAUGAUCGGCAGCACGGAGCGGUCGGUCGCUUUCCUGCUGCUGACGUUCUUCACGGCGCUGGUGGGAUGCACCAGCUCGGUGCUGUUCUACCCCUAUAUGAGAACCUUCCGCGACAUGUAUUUGGCUACUUACUUGGUAGGCGAAGGUCUCAGUGGAUUCAUACCCAGUAUAUUGGCUUUAAUACAAGGCGUCAACGGCGAGCCUGAAUGCCUGCCCUCAGAGGAUGGCACGUCAUUAGUUCCUCACUUCCCACCACCGCUAUUCAGCUCAACUGUAUUCUUGUUGCUCUUGGCCUCGCUGGCUGCCAUAAGUCUUAUAAGCUUUAUCAAUAUCAACUUCUUAAAGAGAUUUGACUCGGAGAGAGUGAGUUUAGUGCCGGUCUCUGAAGAAGCAGACAAGGAGGUUCAGGAAAAGGUGGAACAAGAAUCAUUCCUGUCACGGCGGUGGCUAUCAGUGAUGCUGUUUAUGAUAGUGCUGAACGCUUUUAACAACGGCGUGCUGCCCUCCAUUCAGUCGUAUUCGUGCAUGCCGUACGGCACGCGGGCAUACCACUUGUCAGUGACGCUCGGUAACAUGGCGAACCCUACUGCUUGUCUGGCAGGCAUAUGGUUAAAGCCGAUGCCCGUUAAGUUUCUGGCUGCAAUGCUGACAGUCAACCUGGUGCCCAUGGGGUACCUCGUUGCCACGGCGCUCCUCAGCCCUGCACCGCCGUUGCAAAAUGAGGUCAUUGGCGAGAUCCUAAUUGUAUUCUGCUGGACGAUGGUGUACGCGGUGGUGUCGUACGCGCGCAUGUGGGUGUACGGAUGGGCACGGCGCGGCGGCGCGCGCGGCAUGCGCGUCAUCGGCGGCGUCACGCAGCUCGGUUCGGCCUCCGGCUCGAUGGUGCUCUUCGUACUCGUCAACUUCACAAACCUGUUCACGCAGCCAGAAAGAUGUCCUGCUAUCAGUAAAAUAUAUUAAACAUCUAUUUUAUUACUGUUUUA